CACACUCACACACAACCUGAGUGGGGUAAACACCGAAGGAAGAAGCUGCAGGUCCAACAACCCAGAGGAGAUCUGGAUAUCGAAGCGCUCACAGGACUCAAUCUGGAAAUUCACUUGUGACUUCCUUCAGGUGUUGUUUGCCGCUCAUUGGCUCCGCUGUCAUUAGUUCUGUGUCAUUGGUUCAACUCUGCUACACUUCACAUUGUUUCACGUGCUGCUCAGAACAGACCAGACCAUAACAGCACCUUCAUAAUGACACCUUAUUACUGCAAAAUGUGUUUCUCAGCUGUAUUUCUGUCUUGUCUUAUAUGUUUGUGAUGAUUACAGCGAGGACGAGUCUUGGCAGUGAGCUCCAGAAGACAGAGUAUCCGAGGCUGACCUUCCUGAUGUGACUGAAUGGACCCUGGACUGACGACAUGACGGCAGAGGAGCCCUCCGUCCCGUCGCUGACCCCUCUGACCUCUGUGACCGAGGUCAAGUUGAUUUCAGGGGAAGAGCUCAAAAAUCGCAACCAGGAAACAGCAAACCAGCACGAAGAUAAACCCCCCGAGGAAGGGUCGACGAUCUCUGAAAGUGACGAGCCCAUCUGCAGGAUCUGUCAUGAGGGCGGGUCGUCCGGGGAUCUGCUGUCCCCCUGUGAAUGCGCCGGGACCUUGGCCAUGGUACAUCAGAGCUGCCUGGAGCACUGGCUCUGCACCUCCAACAGCAGCCACUGUGAGCUCUGCCACCACCACUUCACACUGGAGCGCCUCCCCAAGACCUUCUCUGAGUGGUUGUGUUCUCCAUCCAUACAGCAGCAGAGGAGGACUCUGUACGGUGAUGCGGCGUGCUUCCUGUUCAUCACCCCUCUGGCCUGUGUGUCUGGAUGGUUGUGUGUUCAGGGAGCCAUGGACCUCUACUACACCAAUGGGAUGGAGGCGCUGGGGCUCCUGGUCCUCACGCUGGCACUCUUCACCAUCUACGUCUUCUGGACUGUGGUGUCUCUGCGCUACCACCAGCAUCUGUUCAACACGUGGAAGACGACCGACCAGAAAGUGCGUCUUCAGAUGCCCUUACCGGCCCACAGCACGUCCAACCAGCACACUGUGUCCAUAAACGCUCUGGGCAAAGAAGCUAACAAAGAGACCGUGGUGUAGACUGCAGAGCUGGACUCGACUGAAUGGAGCUCACGUACGAGGAAGAAAGGCACAAAGAUCAGACGACAUCCUGACUCAACAGCAGAUGAAGGAUGCGUGGAGGUUUCGGAGACCUGGAGGACUAUUACACCAGCCUCUAGAAACUUUUUUUUUUUUUCACCAACUUACAGGGAGAGUUUGGAGACUCGGUGCCAGGAUGACUCAUACGUUUCUGACUUUUUGUGUCUUUUGAUGAAAACUGCCUCACCUCCUCAUCUAUAAAACAGGAACAGUAUUUCUGUCUCAGAGUCCACAGCGACAGAGGAGGACAAAAGGACUCUCUCAACACACCUUCUCGUCUGUUCUAUUCAGUCGGGGCCCAAGGAGUGUUCCAUUUAAAAGUUCGCACUGACCAAGUUCAGAUGGAAUCGCUGGAUGUUGUUCCUGUCUCGUCUGUUAAACCAAAGAUGGACUGAUUGGUGACUUGUGUGGACUUGGUUUGAAAAUAUCCCCAGAUGCAUUUCGUGCUUCUGUCAACUUGAGACUUGCGUUCUUAGGAAGUCCAUUCUCUUGGAUCAUUCUUACCAAGACUUGUGAACUUGAUAUUGAGAAAUGCCUAAUGUGUGACGAUCCACCUGAUUUCCCUCCUCGUGGUAUUAGUUCAAACAUCACUGACGACAAUCUUUUACAACAUGCAAUGCAAAUCUAAUCAGGACCGCUUUAUCCCAUGUUGCUAUGGACAAUCCACCUCACGUUUAGAUCCACUCUGGGUUUUUUUUUUGUGGAUUCAAUCUACAGA